AUGCCUGAUAUAUCUGAUGCAAGAUAUACUAGUAAUGGCAUUGAACAACAAGGAUUUGUUCAGCAAUCUGAUAUCUUUAUGGAUUCAUGUGUUGUUGAGAUACCAGAAUCAUAUGCUCUUAUAGAUCAGAUUAACAAUAUUACCCCAUUUGAUAGAUUGCAUAGAGUUUUUGGUGAUGGAUACAGAUUUAAGUAUAUGAAGUGCAUGAUAAGUAUGAGAAAUGGUAAAGUCUCUGUAUACAAAGUCUCUGCUCCAAAUGUUGCAAUAGCUGAUCCUGCACUAACUGAUAUCUUUCUUAGGAUGCAUCAAGAACAUGUAUUUCUUCUGAACUAUGAUAUUACAAUGGAUUGUCUAAACAUAUCUUCUAGGGCUGUGAUUAAGGAAUUUCUUCUUGAUACUGGAAUCAGUAGCAAUGAUAUUCUUGAUGAUAAAGAUAAAGUUGGAGCAAACUGCAUUAGCUGGUUUACGGAAGAAGAUGAAAUAAAAAUUAGGAACAAGUUGUAUAAUAAAUUUGUUCAACUUCUAGAAAGUGGUGAGGUUCAUAAUCAACUUACUUCUAAGCUAUCAGAGCUAGUGAUGCCAACUUCUCAGCAAUUUGGUGAAACACUUGUUGCUUGUAGGAAUGAAGGAUUAAUGAGGCUUGAGCUUACUGUUCACUCUCCUAAGUUGAAAGAAGUAGAAUGGAACACAAACUUAAUUGCUAGUACACUGGAGUUUCUUAGUGAUUGUAGGACAUUUGCAACAUCUUAUGAGAAGCAGUGGAUGGCACUAGUUGAUCAGAUUCAUACCAAACAUAUGUUAUGCAUUUACUUCCAUAAGGAACAUGCUCUUGGUUACUGCCAUUGGUUCAAUAGGACAACUAAGAAGAAACAAGGAAUAGCUAAAAAGUUGAAAGAGAAUGAGGAUGUGAUGACUGUUGUUUCCAAUCUUACAUUUAAUGGGCACCCAACUGUUCUUCUAACAUAUGCCACCAGCAGUGGUCCUCUUGAAUCAGAAGUUGUUCUAAGAAGAGAUGGCACAAAUAUCACCAUUGUUCCAAGUCAGAGGAAUUCUUUCUGGCCUGUUGCUUCAAGAGAAAGGCAACAACAUACAUUUGCUGAAAUGGGACUUGUUAACUAUUGUGGAAUGCACAUUGAUUGGCUGACUGCUCAACAAGCAAGAGAGAAAGUUUGUCUCUCAACUCUCUCAAGUGUUAGUGAGGAUACUGAUAACCUAGGAAUAGAUGAUCUUAUUGCUGAUAUCAGCAACAUUGAACUUGAUGAUCUAGAACCCACAUACAUAAGAGAAAAUACUGAUCUUAGGCCAGCUAGAUACAAAGUUGCUUAUAACAUACUUCAUGCUGGAGAUGAGUUCCUAGUUAGUCAUUAUUUCUUAUAUACUUUUAGAGGGUUGCCAUUCUACUACCUAGAUAUCUAUAUGAUUCAUAAUGAAGUAGUUAGCAGUACUCACACUCAUAUCAAAAUACAAGCAAGUAGUCCAUUUGGAGAAUAUAUUGCUUCUAUUAUUGGUGAACCAAGUCAAGAAGUGGUACUUAAAGUAACUAGAAUUCAUAAUCGUACACUGAGUGGCAAAAUUGAGUCACAAAAAUCAAAAUCAUCGAAAAUCUUAAAUAAUUUCUCAAAACGACGUUCAUUGAAUAUGAUAAAAUUAAAUCAUGGUGUAUGUCAUGCACUAAUCUAUUUCAUGUAG